UCGGCCCCGGGGAGGCAGGCGGCUCCCCGCACCUCCCGGCGCUCCCGGGCAGCCCUCCGAGUCGCUCCAGAGGGCUCGUGCGCCAUUCACAGCCCCGAGCCAUGAUGAAGACCUUGUCCAGCGGCAACUGCACGCUCAGCGUGCCGGCCAAGAACUCCUACCGCAUGGUGGUGCUGGGCGCCUCGCGCGUGGGCAAGAGCUCCAUCGUGUCCCGCUUCCUCAACGGGCGCUUCGAGGACCAGUACACGCCGACCAUCGAGGACUUCCACCGCAAGGUCUACAACAUCCGUGGCGACAUGUACCAGCUGGACAUCCUGGACACGUCCGGCAACCACCCCUUCCCCGCCAUGCGCAGGCUGUCCAUCCUCACAGGCGACGUCUUCAUCCUGGUGUUCAGCCUGGACAACCGGGAAUCCUUUGACGAGGUCAAGCGGCUUCAGAAGCAGAUCCUGGAGGUCAAGUCCUGCCUGAAGAACAAGACCAAGGAGGCGGCGGAGCUGCCCAUGGUCAUCUGCGGCAACAAGAAUGACCACGGCGAGCUGUGCCGCCAGGUGGCCACCACCGAGGCCGAGCUGCUGGUGUCCGGCGACGAGAACUGCGCCUACUUCGAGGUGUCGGCCAAGAAGAACACCAACGUGGACGAGAUGUUCUACGUGCUGUUCAGCAUGGCCAAGCUGCCGCACGAGAUGAGCCCCGCACUGCACCGCAAGAUCUCCGUGCAGUACGGCGACGCCUUCCACCCCCGGCCCUUCUGCAUGCGCCGCGUCAAGGACAUGGACGCCUACGGCAUGGUCUCGCCCUUCGCCCGCCGCCCCAGCGUCAACAGCGACCUCAAGUACAUCAAGGCCAAGGUCCUCCGGGAGGGCCAGGCCCGCGAGCGGGACAAAUGCACCAUCCAGUGAGCGGGAGGGGGCGCUGGGGUGGGCCUUUGGGCAGUGCCUUACGGGAGGCGGCCCGGUGCCCGCUGCUUGCGUCCCCCAACGACACCCCAAGGGCAGUCUUGUUCCAUGACCUUCGGUGCCAGACUGCAGGACCCCAGCCUCUGCCCCCGGACCUCCUCCUGCCCUCCUGCCAGUCUCCUCUGAUCCCUCCCCCACCGUUGCAGCUCCCCCAGGUUUCAGCUCCUCCUCCGAGGGGGGUAGAUCUCUGCAGGGCAGGAGACGAAGAUGGGAGACAUCUGGACUUAAGAGGGACCGGGGCCCUUCCUAUCUAUAUGUGCAAGAAAAGCUGAUGCUGGAGGGGCCUGGAGCCCUGCAUCCCAUGGGAGCUCCUGGGACAGUCACAGGAUGAAAUCAGGAUGCUCGGAGCAAGGUGGGGUCGUGCUCUGUGUCCUGGUGUGCACCCUGCUUGGCUUAGGAGGCAGCUGGGAGAUCUUGGCCCUUCCCCCAUCCUGAAUUCUUGCUCUUUGGUUCAGCUCUUCUGCCACCACCCCCAAGGGGCCUCCCCCUGUCCCGACGGAGCCAAGGGAGUCUGUGCUGGAAGCGGGCACGACCACCAUCCCCCGGACCACGUCCCCUCGGCCCACGCGCCUCAGCCUCCUCUCCUGGCUCUUCUCGUCUGCAGGUUAUGCUUUGUCGUUGCAGCUGUUCCCAUGUCGUGUGUAGCUGUAGAAAUGGAAAUCGUCGUACUGUAAAAGCCUAGUGACCCUUCGUCGGCCAGGCCCCCGCCCCUUUUGGAUCUGCAGCCUCUGCUGGGGACACCGACCCCCCCACUCCCAGACGUGGUCCCCCUGCCUGUCUGCAGCUGGACGCUGCCCGCCGCGGGAGCUGCACGGGCAGGACAGGGGGCCCUGGCUGCCCCUCCGGCUGCAUCUCACAGAGGAGACUGAAGGGGAAGGUGACCUGUCCUGGCCCAGCCCUGGCCCCGCCCUGUCUCUAGCUAGUUCAGGGCAGAGCUCCCCCCUGGAACCCGCUGUCCUCCACUGUGCUAGUUCCUCAAGCAUUUAUUGGGCACCUGCUGGGUGCUGGGUCCACUGUGCGCUAGGAAACAAAGAGGGUGAGCAUGCACUUUACGCCCCAAGGCUGGGUCUCUCCAGCCCUGGCCGCUGUCCUUGACCCCCCUCUACCUGCCCCUGCCGUCCCACUGCCUUCUGCUCGCACAGCUGAGGGGAGCUGGGGGGAGCAGCUGGGAGCCAGGGCUGAGCUCGGGAGAGGUGGGUGAAGAAAGCUCCCCGUGGGUUUCUCUCAUGCCCGGGAUCGGCUUAUCUGGGUGCCAGGCUCAGUGGGAUUUGAACCUAUAGACCAAAGGCCUUGUCAUUCACUCUUCACAAAAGUGUUUUUAUAAUUUAAUCUCUUUAAAAAUAUUGAAGUUUAGGGCCAUAAGCAACCUCAGUGAUUGUUUAGUGACUUUUACCCAGAGAGGGUAAGUAACUCGCCUCAGGUCACACAGCAAGUCUGUGAGUGGCGAAGCAGGGUCAGGGCUGGGCCUUCGGGGCCUUGACGAGCCCCUGCUCCCGAUGCUCCCCCAGCCCCAGGGCCUUCGGGACGGAGGCGUCCUCUUCCUGACCCUCUCCUGCCGCUGGUCUUUGAGGGCUCCUGGAGGUUCUGUGUGCAUUGUGCCCAUGUCACACAUGUGCGCACACGUGAACACGGAUACACACAUGCUCUGCAGACCCCACACCCCUGGUGCCUGCCGCUCAGAGACGCUGCUCUGAUCCUGCUUCUGUGCCCCCCCCAACCCCUGCCCUGCUGCAGCCUGAAUCCUCCACGCAGACCAGGUACUGGGCCAGGACAGGUGUGAGGCCUGGUCUCACCUGGUCAAGACCCCUCCCCCGGAGCUCUGUAUACUACCGAUUAAA